AUGGCUCGUCAAUUCACAUCCAUCCUCAAACAACUCCGCACUCGAUCACCAUCACAAUCCGUAACGUACAUGCCUCGACCCAGAGAUGGCGCUCUGAGAGCCAUCACUCUGAUUUCUGAUGACAAAAUCGGACCUCUGGUCACCAAUGCCGUCGAACAGGUCAUAGAGGCAAUGCAUGCGCCGGUGUACUUCGAUCGCUACCAAGUUCGAAGCGACAUGAAGAACGCGUCUCCGGAGGUGAUCGAAUCGAUCCGCAAGAACAAGGUGUGCUUGAAGGAAGGUUUAGGGUUUCUGAAUUUAACAGAUCGGUCACUAGCUCUUAGUCCUUCUUCUCCCACCUUGAUUACUUGA